AUGGCCAAUCUUGUACCUCCAGGUUCCGCCAGGGAAUCAUCCUCUUCGGAGACAGGCAAUACAAUGCCUUUUCACAAAGGAAAGAUGCCUGCUCUGCCAUAUGGUGGUGGAUCUGGCCCUUCAACAUCCCACGGUCAAAUCCCCCUCAGGCCAAGCGGAACAAUUUCCAGAGAUUCAUCCGUUAUCCGAGGCAUCAACGGUGGCUUCCAUCCUGGCGCCCAAACCCCAAUGUCGGGCGUAACCCACGCCUCCUGGCUCACCAACAACGGCAACGAAUCGAACCUCUCCUUCACGUCGUCCAUCAUGCAAGAAGAAGCCAAGCUCCGAUGGGACUCCGACGAAGAGCUCAAAAAAAUGUCCAAGAGCAUGCUCCGUCUUCAAAAAUGGAGUCUCAUCAUCGGUCUCGCCUCCAUCAACGGCGCUCUCAUCUACGUUGGUUGGAAGUACUACCAGGUGUACUAUUUCUUCCUCGUCCUCUUGAGCUCAAACACCGUUCUUCAGUCGUUUAUGUGCAUUUGCAUUAUUCUUCAUUGGUUUAUUACGCAUGUUCUUUUGGGGUGGUGGAAGAGGGAGGAGAAUGUUCCUGCUGAGCCGGAGAAGAUGGUGCUGCUUCUGCCGUGCUAUAAUGAGACGUAUCAGGAGUUGACGAGGUCUCUUGAUUCGCUUAUCGAGCAGAAGAAUAUCGACAAUCAUCCUCGUGUCAUCUUCAUUGUUGUUGAUGGCAAUGUCCGUGGGCCGGGCAUGGAGAAGACUACACAAGAUUAUCUUCUCCAAGAUAUCCUCGAGCCUGGUCCCUCUCGAACCUUCGAAAACGGAUAUCGCGCCCGAGACGGUUUAUUCAUGCCUGUCAAGACACAAACCGGGUUUUACAAGGGUAUUCCGUACGUAUUCGUCGGAAAGCGAUACAACCAGGGCAAACGCGACAGUCUCUGCUUCGCGCGCUCUCUUAUUUACCACUUCAAGCAACGCUCUGAGAACAUCGUCACCAUGUUCAACAAUGAGCUCUUCGAAUACAUCGGUAACAACUUCAUCAAUGCUGGUCUUGAUGAUAUCACAUACCUCUGCGGUAUGGAUGCUGAUACUGUAUUCGAUGGAUACUGUAUCUGGGAGAUGAUCAAGGAGAUUCGAAAGAACCCAAAGCUUGUCGGUGUUUGUGGCCAUGUCUGCGUAGACUUUGAUGGUCACAAUUGGGGAUACUGGUCGCUGUACCAGUCUGUUGAGUAUUCCCAAACUCAAGGCCUUCGACGCAUGUUUCAGUCUCGCAUCACAGGAAAAGUCAAUUGUCUUCCUGGAUGUUGUCAACUCAUUCGUGUUGACGAAGCUACCUUUGGCGAUGCUGUUCUUCGGGAGCGCUUUGGAUACUGCCCUAAGCCAAAUGAUAUUAUGACACAGCACAUCAUGGGUAAUUACUCCGAAGACAGUAUUCACGCCUCCAUCAUCUUCAGUCUCUUCCCCGGCAAGCAAACCGCCCAAGCCCUCCGCGCCAAAGCCAUGACAAUCGUUCCCCAAGACUGGAAAGUCUUCCUCUCCCAGCGCAAGCGUUGGGCUUUAGGUAGUAUAUCCAACGAGUUCGUCAUGAUCUUCCGCCCCGGCAUCAUCCUCAUCGAGCGUCUCCAGAGUCUCAUCGCCGUCAUUACCUGGGCAAUCACCCCUUUCAUCAUCGCCGCAUUUGUCGAACUCCUUAUCGUCUUCGCCAAACGAGGUAGCGAGGUGAUGCAGGACCCCGUGUUCCUCGGUCUCAUCUGCGUGUUGUUCUUCCGCUAUCUUUACUCUUUUUGCAUUGGCUUCUGGCUUCCGCGCAACAACCUCGAGCGCGCGCAGUAUUUCGCAGGCUAUGUCAUGCAUCUCUUCACAUCGCCUUUCAUGAACAUUAUUAUUCUGGUUUAUUCUCUGUUUCACUCUGAUGACUUCAAGUGGGGUAAGACGCGUGAAGUUGUCAGGGGUGUUAACGAGAAGGACGGUGAUGCUGUUGGUGGUCGGGGCACACACUGA